UUUACUGAUUUUAGACAACAAAAACUUAUAGAAUUGAAACACAUCACUGAAUAUUUUGUUAAUGCAAAUUAUAUUAUUUUUUUAAUUGACGUCAUCUUCAAGCUGCCAUGCUUGAUGCAACGCCAUUGAAUUGCAGUAAAAAUUUUGUUAUCUGCCGAGUCUCUUGACUCCUAGUGAGGCAGAGAGGUUAGAGAUACCAAGCACAAAUUUUAAGAUCCCAAGUGCAGCCAAAAUUCAAGCUUGCCACAACUCUAAUUGCAACAAAAAUAGCAUGAAGAGUAAAGUUUUCCAGUGGGAGGCAAUCUCACCUUAUCUGCACUUCAACCAUAAUCUUUUUAUGCAAUUCAUCAUCUCCUCUUGCCACAUCACUCCUUAUCAGAUAUCCCCGAGCACGAACCUAUUAUACUAAGAGACUUUGUGAAAAGGCCAAUUAAACUCCAUUUUCUAUAGUAAACAAAGUCCAUUUUGCAGCAAUGGCUGCCAUGGACUCCAGCGUUUUGGCAUGCAACUAUGCUAUCUCAGGCAAUGGAUCAUCUGAGCUUAAUGCCAAGCUUUUUUCAGUGCCUUCAGUUGCUUCCCCAGUUGUCUCUGGUGGUCACAAGCUGCCUCUGAUCAAAGCCCAGCAGGCUAAAGUUUCUGAUUCCAAAGAAUCACGUGCCGGUGAUGGAAGAAGAGCUGCUAUGGUCUAUUUGGCAGCAACCCUUUUCACUGCAGCUGCUGCUUCUUCUGCAAAUGCUGGGGUCAUUGAUGAUUACCUUGAAAAGAGCAAAGCUAACAAGGAAUUGAAUGCUAAGAAGAGGUUGGCCACAAGUGGAACAAGCUUUGCCAGAGCAUUCACAGUUGAAUUUGGCAGCUGAAAGUUCCCUGAGAACUUUACUGGCUGCCAUGAUCUUGCAAAGCAAAAGGAAAGGACAAAUACAAGUGUGGUUCCAAUAUUUUCUGGAAAUCGUGAAGAGAUCCAAAUGUAUUUUUCCCUUAAACCUUCGACCCUACCUCAACAUGUAUCUAAUUUUCCCAUUUUAAGAGACUUUCUUAUCCUUUUGUUUUCUUAAAAGGACGUCUGAGAAUAAAAAAAAAUUACAAGUACUGCAAUUCAC